AUGCUUAUCAAAAACAUUCUCUUUUUGGGUCUUGCAGCCCUCGCGGCUGCCAACCCCCUUCUCGAAGACAGGGCCACUCCCAAAGCCGCUGCCGGCGGCAAGACCGGCAAGAAGGGCGCGGUUGAUAAGUGCGACAACACCAGCGCCCUCACCGCUGGCGUGACUUGCCCCCGUGUAAAGUUCACCGCGGCCAAAAUUCAGGCCGCUGUGAAGCAAGCCAAGGCCAUGAAGCUCAAGGGUAAGAAGGGCAAGGGCAUUCACUUCCCGGCCAAGUACACACAUGACAAGGAGGUGAAGAUCAAGGUUAAGGCAGGAGCUAAAGCCAAGGGGACUAAGAGUAAGGGGGUGAAAAGAGAUCUGGAGAAUAGGGAGGAGCAUGAGGACGACGACGAGGACGACGACGACGAAGAUGGUGAGUAUGAAAAUGAUGAUGAUGAUGAGGGAGAGGAGGACGAGGAGGACGAGGAGGACGAGGACGUGGAUGACGAGGAAGACGACGAGCAUCUCCAUGUUGGGGCGCCAGAGGACCACGGCCAAGAAGGCCAGUCUCUGGUGACCCGCGCCCUCGAAGCCCGUGCCCGUGGAGGCGGGCGCUCCCGAGCAAGGCCUAAGACGACCAAGCCAAAGAAGACAAAGACAAAGACAACCAAGCCAAAGACAACCAAGCCAAAAACAACCAAGCCAAAAACAACCAAGCCAAAGACGACCAAGCCAAAGACGACCAAGCCCAAAUGCAACAAGGCGGCUCCGGUCAAGGUCGGUGCGGCCGCUUGGAUGUUCCCCAUCCUUAAGACGGGCGUCUGGAAGACCGGUAUGAUGCCCGAGCUUCAAUAUGUUAUCCUAGACCGCAAGUACAACUACAUUAAGACGGUUGAGCGCGAGCCUGGUUCUGCCGAGGAGUUUGAUAUCUGUGUCGAAAAUCCUAAGAAGGGCGGCACAGCCGCCAAGGGUGGUAAGACACCUAAGGGCAAGAUUGCCUAG